AUCAAAGACAAGGGGCACGGCGGCCAUUUUGUGCUGGAGCUUUGUCGUAGUUUGCUGGUCAGUAUCUCUGCGUUUUAGUGAAAUACUUACCAGUUUUCUACAGGCAAAAGUUCAUUUUAAAUAUCAGAUCGGGCCUUAGAGUCUCCGGCACCCAGAAAUUCCGGUUUCGUUGGCUGUUGGUGCUUGUUGUGUCACUGCACAUACAUUUCCAUAGGCGUAUCGCCUAAACAGCGACGAGAUGAGGGGAAGUUUCAUGGAUCGCGACCGAGGCGGGUGAGAACACAAAUAUAUUAUGUGAAAUAUGGGGACCGUGAGGAAAACCAGCUGUUCAACGCGUUUUCUGAGUAAAAAUAAAUAAUAAUUUAAAAUGGCCCAUCUUGGUAUGUUUUUCAUAGUGUAGCAUUUGGUGACAGGAAUUAAAGGGAAAUGUAAUCUAUUAUUUUACAUAAUAACCUGGCCCUUCAGGAGAGUAGACUUGCCAUUUAAGGCCUGAUUUUAUUUUAUUAUUGUAUUGUUUCUCAUUUCAUAUUAGUUGCAAGCUUCUGUAUCAGUUUCAGAGUUGCCACAAUCCACCUUGUUUACCUGUGGAGUAUAGACCUACCCCCCCUCAUUUAUAUUGCUGAGAAGAAAUAAAGGUAUUAAAAAGGUGCUCUAAGCACCAUAACCACUGCAAGCCACUGUAGCCUCCGUGCCAGCGAGAUAUUGUCGCUUAAGUGGUGCCCCGAGAUAUUUCAGUUAUUCCUCUUUAGCAAUAUCAGUUUGUGUAACUUUCUCAGUUUGAUUUCCUUACUUCGGGACAACGAAAUGGGACUCUGGGCUCCAUAACCGCUACAGUGGGCUGUAAUGGUUAGGGUGCUUAUAGCUUCCAUUUACUAAGGAACACCGGCUGCAGCGGCAUAUGCCACAUCAUUUUUCUUGUACUGUAAUUAUCCAGGAAAAUAUGAUGGCUCUGGCAAUUCUAAGCGAUGGUUACUAUCCAGUAAGCUUUUCUGCAGAUAGGGCUGUUUGUAAAAUCAUUGCUGUCUUAAGUAAUGCGUUUUUUUUCUUCUUCUUCUAUUAGAUUUCAUGGGUCCACAUUUAAUAAGUAAGUACUCAUUUAUUUAUUUUUAUAAAGUGUCCGUCCGUCCAAGCCAAAGCACUUGUUUGUAUAAAUGCUGCAUAAAGAAACCAAAGCUUAAAUUGAAGGUACCAUCAUACCAAUUUCCCAUUAAAAGUGUUGUUGUCUUGCAUUUUUUUUCUAGACAACCCCUUUCAAUAAAAUUUAAAAAGUGCUUCUAAAUCUAAAAGAUGCCUCUGACAAAAGAGCAAUGAUUUUAAUAAAUUAAAACAGUGAUUUUAUCCACUAACGUUUUGCAAGUCCUUCCUUGAGAAAUUAUACUGGUCUGUGGGAUGUUAUAUUGUCCUUUCCCUGUGGCAUUCCACGCACUGCCAUUUAAUGCAUUUCUCAUAGAUUUGGGGACAGUUAAUGCUGUGACCUAACAAGAGAUAGUCUCAUGUAUAUCAUACUGUAAAUGUCAUUUUUAACCCCUUCAGGACGGAGUCAAUAGUGCACGUUCUGAUCAAAACGUAAACAAAACUGGAAUUUGCGCUAUAUGUCUGUUCAACCGUAAUUCACCACUGUCACCUUAAGUGCACCCACACUUAUUAUAUAUCAUUUUGUUCAGGAGAAACAGGGCUUUAAUUUAUCAUUAACUAUUCAUAUAUGGAACAUAAUUUAUUAUGAAUAAAAUUUUAAAAAAUGUGAGAAAAUAAGAUUUUUUUUUUAAUUUGUAUUUCCGUCUGACAUUUUAGCUGUUAAUGUCAUAAUACUGUUAGGUUUUACUGCACAAAAAUGCACAUAUUUGUAAUCAGCGAUGUCUCACGAGUACAACAGUACCCCCCAUUAACAGGUUUUAUGGUGUUUUGGAAAGUUACAGGGUCAAAUAUAGAACGUUCCAUUUUCAAAUUGAAAUUUGCCAGAUUAGUAAUGUUACCUUUGAGACGGUGUGGUAGCUCAGGAAUGAGAAUUACCCCCAUAAUGGCAUACCAUUUGAAAAAGUAGACAACCCAAGGUAUUGAAAGUGGGGUAUGUUUAGUCUUUUUUAGUAGCCACUUAGUCACAAACACUGGCCAAAGUUAGUGUUCCUAUUUGUUUUUGUGUGAAAAAAGCCAAAAACUAAUAUUUGGCCAGUGUUUGUGACUAAGUGGCUACUAAGAAAGACUGGACAUAACCCACUUGCAAUACCUUGGGUUGUCUACUUUUGCAAAUGGUAUGCCAUCAUGGGGGUAAUUCUCAUGAUGGCAUACCAUACCAUAUGCUCUCAAAGGCAACAUAACCAAUCUGGCAAAUUUCAAUGUAAAAAAAAUGAAAUGCAAGCCUUAUAUGUGACUCUCUAACUUUCCAAAACACCAUAAAACCUGUACAUGGGGGGUACUGUUAUUCUCGGGAGACUUCACUAAACACAAAUAUUAGUGUUUUAAAACAGUAAAACAUAUUACAACAAUAAUAUAGUCCAUAAAAGUGCUGUUCAUUUGAAAAAAAUGCAAUAAACGUCACUUUUACUUAAAAUAUCGUUGUAAUACAAUUUACCAGUUUGAAACACUAAUAUUUGAGUUCAGCGAAGUCUCCCGAGUAAAACAGUACCCCCCUAUGUACAGGUUUUAUGGUGUCUUGGAGAGUUACAGGGUCAAAUAUAGUGCUUGCAAAUUAAAUUCUCUGCACUUUCUCCCUGUGUUGUCAGGCAUGUCAAUCAAAUUUUAAUUAAUCAAAUCACAUAAUUAUGUUAAAAGAUUACUUAAAUAUACACGUAGAAUUUUAAAAUAUAUACAUUUAUAGGUAUUUAAAUCUUAUGUGUAUACUAAUGUAAUCUUUUAUGUAAUUAUAUGUAUUUAUCUAUAUAUGUGUGUGUGUGUGUGUCUCUCUCUCUCUCUCUCUCUAUAUAUAUAUAUAUAUAUAUAUAUAUAUAUAUAUAUAUAUAUAUAUAUAAUAUAUUAUACUAUAUUAUAUUUGUGGUUAUUUGUUUUUUAUAUAUAGAUUGUCAUUCAAGUGUAUUUUGUUAUAUAUAUAUAUAUAUAUAUAUAUAUAUAUAUAUAUAUAACAAUAUACAUUUAGAAUGAAAUUACAUAUAAAUAUAUAAUUUAUAUUAAAUUUUAUUUAUUUUUAUUUCAUUUAUUUGUAAUUAUACGUGUGUGUGUGUGUGUGUGUGUAUAUAUGUAUAUAUAUAUAUAUAUAUGUGUAUGUAUAUAUGUAACGUCAUUCUAAGUGUAUUUUAAAAUUUAUAUAUACUUAUAUUAACAUUAAAAUACAUUACAUAUCACGUUACAUAUAUAUAUAUAUUAUAUUUAUAAUAUAUAUUUUAUAUAUACAUAUAUACACAUUUAAUUUAUUUUAAAACAUGUUUAAUUUUUUUUUUUUUUUUUUACUUUCCCACCAGCAGGGGGACUGUCUGACAUUUCAGACAGUCCCCCUGCUGGCAGAUCCACAGCCAGCUAUAGGGGGCCAUGUGAUCGCUCUUUGAGAGCGAUCACAUGGCCCCUGGGGACCUGAUUUGCCGGGGGAGGGCUGCCUGGGCUGUCAGGCAGCCCUCCAGAAGAGGAUCGCGGCUGAGGUGAGUACUGCGGACCUCCAGGGGCUGCCCUAGCCACACCUACCUGCAUGUGACUUUCACAAUCUUCCUACACACUUCCUGUAAAGAAUCAUCUAAUGUUUACACUUCCUUUACUGCAAAUUCCAUUUAAUUAAGAUUUUUUUUUUUUUUAAAUCUCUUGCUCUGUUAAUAAGCUAACUAGGCCCUGCAGGGGUCUCCUGCAUUUAAUUAACGUUCAGUUUACAGAGCAGGAGAAAAAAAUGUUUAAAUUAAAUUACAUCUAAUUGGAAAUGAAACAAUUUUGUUUUCAUGCAGGCUGUGUCAGUCACAGCUAGGGGAGGUGUGGGAAGUUCUGCAUUAACAAAAACAAAAGUGAUUUAACCUAAAUGGCAGUGAAUUGAGCAGUAAAACCUCAGAGGCAUGAUUUUAAACAAAAAAACUGCUUUACUAAGCUAAAGUUGUUUUGGUGACUAUAGGAUCCCUUUAACCCCUUAAGGACCGCGGACGUAUGAGGUACGUCCGACAAAAAAAACAGUACUUAAGGAUCGCGGACGUCCCUCAUACGUCCGCGGUAAAUUUGAGUGCUGGAAGCGAUUGUGAACGCUUUCAGCCUCUCUAAGGGUUUUACACGAUGCCUCGAUAUCGAGGCAUUGUGGAAUACCCUCCUCUCUAUCGGUCACCCGAGUGAUCAGGCAAGCCUCUGAUGCUCUGCCUGUACUGCCGGCGAGCGGUCUUCUUCUGAGGGGGACUGUCUGGGCUCAGCUCAGCCCAGACAGUCCCCACUCUGCAAUUUAGGACCCGCAGGGCCCAUGUAAAAGAACAGCCACAUGGUCACAAUAGGUGUCCACAGUGCAGCCAGCAGGGGGACUGCCUCGACUGACAGGCAGUCCCCCUGCUGGUGGAAAAAAUGGGGGGGAGAAAUUAAAAUAAAGUUAAUAAAUUAACAAAUAUAUAUCUUAUAUAUAACAUCCUACUAAGUGUACUUUUUUAUUAAAAUAUCCUACUAAGUGUACUUUUUUAUUAAAAUAUAUAUAUAUAUAUAUUUUAAUAAAAAAGUACACUUAGUAGGAUGUUGUAUAUAAGAUAUAUAUUUGUUAAUUUAUUAACUUUAUUUUAAUUUCUCCCCCCCCCCACUUUUUUUUAUUUUUUCCAGUAAAUAUGUUUUACUGUUUUAAAACUCUAAUAUUUGUGUUUAUUGAAGUCUCCCGUGAAUAACAGUACCCCCCCAUGUACAGGUUUUAUGGUGUUUUGGAAAGUUAGAGAGUCACAUAUAAGGCUUGCAUUUCAUUUUUUUGACAUUGAAAUUUGCCAGAUUGGUUAUGUUGCCUUUGAGAGCGUAUGGUAGCCCAGGAAUGAGAAUUACCCCAUGAUGGCAUACCAUUUGCAAAAGUAGACAACCCAAGGUAUUGCAAGUGGGGUAUGUCCAGUCUUUCUUAGUAGCCACUUAGUCACAAACACUGGCCAAAUAUGAGUUUUUUGCUUUUUUUCACACAAAAACAAAUAUGAACGCUAACUUUGGCCAGUGUUUGUGACUAAGUGGCUACUAAAAAAACUAAACAUACCCCACUUUCAAUACCUUGGUUUGUCUACUUUUUCAAAUGGUAUGCCAUUAUGGGGGUAAUUCUCAUUCCUGGGCUACCACACCGUCUCAAAGGUAACAUUACUAAUCUGGCAAAUUUCAAUAUGAAAAUGGAACAUUGUAUAUUUGACCCUGUAACUUUCCAAAACACCAUAAAACCUGUUAAUGGAGGGUACUGUUGUACUCGUGAGACAUCGCUGAUUACAAAUAUGUGCAUUUUUUUUGCAGUAAAACCUAACAGUAUUAUGACAUUCACAGCUAAAAUGUCAGACAGAAAUACAAAUUUUAAAAACAAAUCUUAUUUUCUCAAAUUUUUUAAAAUUUUAUUCAUAAUAAAUUAUGCUCCAUAUAUGAAUAGUUAAUGAUAAAUUAAAGCCCUGUUUCUCCUGAACAAAAUGAUAUAUAAUAAGUGUGGGUGCACUUAAGGUGACAGUGGUGAAUUACGGUUGAACAGACAUAUAUAGCGCAAAUUCCAGUUUUUGUUUACGUUUUGUUAUGAUCAGAACGUGCACUAUUGAAUCCGUCCUGAAGGGGUUAACAAGUGCUUUGAUGCAAACUGGGGCUCUUCCCUGGUGCCGAGGUGCUGAUCUCAUUUCAUUUGCAUUGAUAAUGCUGAAUUAUCUUCAGUAUUAUCAGUGGCAAUGUCCUCGAAGCUGGAUGACCUUGACUGGCUAAAAGUGGUAGGCUAAUUUGAGAGAAUGUUGUCAUAAUUUUUUGUUGCAGUAAAAAGGGAUUAUGGUGAUAAAAAAAGUGAAUUCAAUAAAAUAUGUGCUGCAAUGGAGGGGUACAUACAUACAUACAUAUCUCUAUCACACAGUAGUUACUAAGUUGCUUCUCAAUGAGCAUACACUCAAUAAUGUUCCAAAGCCUAAUGAUAAGCCGUUUGUUUGCAGUGACUAACGCUAUAGUUAAUUAUUGUGCCCUCAACAUGUUGGAUAUCUAUUUUUAUGUAACUUUUUAUUUGUUGUGGGUUUAGUGCUGGUGGAUCUCGAUUUCCAAAGUUUGGGAAUCCAGGAGAAAGACUCCGCAAGAAACGAUGGGAUCUAAGUGAACUUCCAAAAUUUGAGAAGAAUUUUUAUUCAGAGCACCCGGAGGUAGCACGCAUGGCACCGGUAAGUAAGGAUAGGCAUUUACAUGUUUGCUUUUCUGGACUGUUCUUCUGAUAAUAUUUACCAUUUUCUUUACACAUUUCUUGUGCAUUGUAUUUCUAACGCUGCCAUAUUAUCUGUAUUGGAUUUUAUAGCGCUCACAUAUUGGUUUUUUUUGUGUUCUUCUGAUAGCCUAUGUUACCUAAGACAUUUUUUUUUCUAUGCUAACAAAAAGCUCAGAAGUAGUGUAUGUGUGCUUAAAUUCAAUUAGAAUUUAGCUACUAAAUUGUUUUAAAAAAAAAAAAAAAACACAAACGAGGACUAGUCCUUUUAAUUUCAUGUUAAAGUGACGAUUCUAAGAUAGUGAGCCAUAUGUUAUAAUGCCUGCUUUAUACAUGCAGAGGAUGUAUUUAAAAUCAGUAGACAUUUAUAUCAACUUUUAGCUCUGUCUACUCCAUUAAUUAGCUUCGCUAAUCGGGAACCUUUCAUUCUUGACUAUAGAAUCUAAAUUGUUGAUAUGCUUAAACCAGCACUCAAAAAGUUUGGUAUGCAAAUCAGAAAAUGGCUGUGUAACUCUUUGUGGAGAGUAGAAACAUGCACCUGUAUUUCAAUCACCUAUAAAUCUUGCCUAUUUGUCUGUACAAGGGAGGUUUGCGGAGUAGCAGAUUCCAAACCUCUCUGCACAGACUCUGAUUUUGGCCAGGUUAUGUUUUUCUAGAAGUUCUAAGCUGUCAGCUUUCUACUUCUUUAAACUGGUAGCUGAACUAGAACUUUAAGGAAGCUUUGCUGUACUUUAUGAUGAAAUGCAUAGAUGCGUUAUGAAAAACUCCGGGUUAGGAGGGAGAGGCAGAAAGGGAGAGAUCACGUAUUGAACCCAGGUACAGGCAGAAGAAAGCAGAAAUAACAUUUUCACCAUUUUACCUGUGAUGUAUGAACCGUGUGUAUGCAACAUAAUGAUAUAUUUUUGGUUUCUAGCAUGAUGUAGAGGAAUUGAGGAGGAAGAAGGAAAUAACUUCAAGAGGAAGUAAUUGCCCCAAACCUAUCUAUGCUUUCCAUCAAGCUAACUUCCCACGUGAGUCGCAUUUUGUAUUGAAUAAUCAUAUGUUUAGAAUACUAAUCGAUUUGUUACCUCUUUAUUGAGGUUUUUAAUCCAGUUUAGUGUAGAGAAAAAGUUAAGAAGCAUCUUUGUUUGAAUUGCAGAGUAUGUUAUGGAUGUUCUUUUGGAUCAGCGUUUUAAGGAACCUACACCCAUCCAGUGCCAGGGAUUCCCACUUGCUCUAAGUGGUCGGGAUAUGGUGGGCAUUGCCCAGACUGGAUCUGGCAAGACGCUGGCAGUAAGUCUUUAUACAUAGUCUUUUAAGCGGUUUGUGCCUACUAACAACACAAAUGUAUUCCUGUAUAUCCCAUUAAGAAUAUUUUGAGUGAUAGUCUUGGAGACGCCUAUAUAUUGCCACACCCAACCAAUCACCAGCACCCAAUGCUUUUCUUAUGUGCUCAGUAUGGUGGUCAAACAGAGAAGAAAACGAUCAGCGCAGAUAGGUGUCCAGAGAGCAAUUUAUGUGUUAAACUAUUUUUAAAACGUUUCAACACUUUAAAGGAACACAACAGGUGCCGAGACCACUUCAUUUCAAUGAAGUGUUGUGGUUGCCCGGUGUCUCCCAUUUUAACCCUGCAACUGAAAACACUGCAGUUUUUGCAGGAACAGCAGUGUUUAUUUUGCAAGAGUAAUCUGCCUCUCGUGGCUGUCAGACUACAGCCACUAGAGGCACUUCUGUGAAGUAGCAGGAUAAACCUCUCUUCUUAUCAGAUGGUCUUAGAAAACAAUUUGAUUUGACACACGCUACCCUCCCAUUGCUUUCCCGUGCCAAAUUAUUACAUAGUUACAUAGCUGAAAAGAGACUUGCGUCCAUCAAGUUCAGCCUUCCUCACAUUUGUUUUUUGCUGUUGAUCCAAAGGAAGGCAAAAAAAAACAGUUUGAAGCACAAUUUUGCAACAAGCUAGGAAAAAAAUUCCUUCUUGACCCCUGAUAACCAUGUUCUUCUCAAGGAAUUCUUGAAUAUUAUCUCUUAAUAACCUUUCAAAUAUUUUACCAGCCACAGAAGUUAAGCUCACAGGUCUAUAAUUUCCAGGCAAGGAUUUUGAACCCUUUUUGAAUAUAGGAACCACAUCUGCCUUCCUCCAAUCCUCCGGAACACUUCCUGAAAGAGAAGAAUCUUGAAAGAUUAAAAACAGAGGUUCACUUAUUUCUACAAUUAGUUCCUUAAAGGACCACUCUAGGCACCCAGACCACUUCAGCUUAAUGAAGUGGUCUGGGUGCCAGGUCCUUCUAGGGUUAACCCAUUUUUUCAUAAACAUAGCAGUUUGAGAGAAACUGCUAUGUUUAUGAAUGGGUUAAGCCUUCCCCCUAAUCCUGUAGUGGCUGUCUCAUUGACAGCCAAUAGAGGCGCUUGCGUGCUUCUCACUUUGAUUUUCACAGUGAGAGCACGCAAGCGUCCAUAGGAAAGCAUUGAGAAUGCUUUCCUAUGUGACCGGCUGAAUGCGCGCAGCUCUUGCCGCGCGUGCGCAUUCAGCCGAUGGGGAGGAAAGGAGGCGGAUCGGAGGAGGUGAGCUCUCCACCCAGCGCCGGAAAAAGGUAAGUUUUAACCACUUUCCCCCUUCCAGAGCCGGGCGGGAGGGGGAACCUGAGGGUGGGGGCACCCCCAGGGCACUAUAGUGCCAGAAAAACGAGUAUGUUUUCCUGGCACUAUAGUGGUCCUUUAAGUACACGUGGAUGGAUACUGUCAGGCCCUGGAGCUUUGUUUAUAUUAACUUUCUUUAGUUGCUGCAGCACCUUGUCUUGAGUUAACCAAUUACAAUUAUUCUCCAAGUUUUUAGUAGCAAUCAUUUGCACAUCUAUUGCCAUGUGUUCUUCCUUAAUAUAUACGGAGGAGAAAUAUUUAAAAGUUAUUUAAAAUUCCUGCCUUUUCCUGGUCUUCAUUAACUAACACCCCCGUUUCAGUUUACCUACACUUUCAUUUUUGGGUUUUUUAGAUUAUUUUUUAGAAUUAUGCAAAGACCCCAGCACUGAACAGGGCAUUCAGGUAAUUUUUGGUGGUUUAGGUUUUUUCCCCCUUCCCUUUAUCCUCUACAGUUGAAUACAGUAUUAGAUGAUUUUAAUGGUUAGGUAGUAAAUGGCUUGUAUUGCACCUGACAACCUUCUCUAGAAUACAUGUGAAGGCAGCUUGUUUUGCUGAUAAAUAUUUUCACUUAGUAACCUGUUUCAUCUCCUCCCUUACAGUAUCUCUUGCCUGCCAUGGUGCAUAUCAAUCAUCAGCCAUACUUGGAGCGUGGAGAUGGACCAAUUGUAAGUGUACAAUGUAUUUGUUUUUCUAACUUUCUAAUUUGUCUGUAGUGUUUGCUGUUAAAGGAACACUUCAAGCACCUUAGCCACUAUACCUCACUUGUGCCCUCUCGAAGUAGAAUCCGUAUGUUUCCUCUGAGAAAGAUGUAUUCCUAGCACUGUGUUCCUCAGCCCCCAUGCUGUAAAAGGUUUAAUAACCCUUUAUUCACUUACCUGAUUUUACCUGUGGGUUGGUUGGCUUGUUCUCCACCUCCUACGUCAUCCAUUGGGGGGCUGGGGGGGUGGACCUAACCACAUCACAACGGUCUUCUCCAUAGAAAAACAUUGCUUCAGUGCUUUACUAUGGGGUUUUCUCUGAUGCUGGAUGUCCACAUGCAGAUUGUGUAAACGUCCAGCGUCGUCUUUUUACGGAGUGAAUCUCCAGGAUGUUCCUUUAGUUGCUGUCUAGUGUCUGUCUUUACAUUGAAGGGCUAAGGGGGAAAUAAAGAGUGCACCCAGACCACUUCAAUGUGAUAAAGUGAUCUGGAUGCCUAUAGUGUCCCUUUAAGCAUGAUCUUCACCGGGCCUUGCUCGGCUUACAUUCUCAGAGAAUGGUCCUGCUUAGCUCAGUGAAUCUAGCCAGAUUCUCCUUGUAGGAGAAUAUGGAAAGAAGGGUGAACAGGGCGACCCAAUUAAGUUGUUGAUCUUUUCAUUCAUAUAUAUAUUCCUGCCACUGUAAAUUCUAUAACGGGCUAUAGUGGUUGUGGUGCUUGGCUCCUUUAAUGACUGACUCUGUUUUUAACUUCUCUCAUCUCACAUUGAAUGUCUGGUCAAUUUUUUCAGUUAGGAAAUGACCAGAAUAUGAACAUGUGAAAAUAUUUCUAACAUAGAAACAUAGAAUGUGACGGCAGAUAAUAACCAUUCGGCCCGUCUAGUCUGCCCAAUUUUCUAAAUACUUUCAUUAGUCCCUAGUCUUAUCUUAUAGUUAGGAUAGCCUUAUGCCUAUCCCACGCAUGCUUAAACUCCUUUACUGUGUUAACCUCUACCACUUCAGCUGGAAGGCUAUUCCAUGCAUCCACUACCCUCUCAGUAAAGUAAUACUUCCUGAUAUUAUUUUUAAACCUUUGUCCCUCUAAUUUAAGACUAUGUCCUCUUGUUGUGGUAGUUUUUCUUCUUUUAAAUAUAGUCUCCUCCUUUACUGUGUUGAUUCCCUUUAUAUAUUUAAAUGUUUCUAUCAUAUCCCCCCUGUCUCGUCUUUCCUCCAAGCUAUACAUGUUAAGAUCCUUUAACCUUUCCUGGUAAGUUUUAUCCCGCAAUCCAUGAACCAGUUUAGUAGCCCUUCUCUGAACCCUCUCUAAGGUAUCAAUAUCCUUCUGAAGAUACGGUCUCCAGUACUGUGUACAAUACUCCAAGUGAGGUCUCACCAGUGUUCUGUACAGUGGCAUGAGCACUUCCCUCUUUCUACUGCUAAAACGCAUUCUUGAUAUAUUGUGUAAAUAUUUUGAGGUAAUUUGAAUCCACGCAUGGCUUAAUGCCUAUGGCCUGGAUGAUUAGUACGAAGUCAGCAACCUGGACAGAUUUUAAUUUAAAUUUUUCUCUUUUUUCUUUCAAUUAUGCAAACAUAUGGAAUUAAAUAAUUAAAAUUUGCUGUCUUUCUUUCAGUGUCUCGUUUUGGCUCCAACUAGAGAGUUGGCACAGCAAGUACAACAAGUGGCAGAUGACUAUGGAAAGACCUCCAGAUUAAAAAGUACCUGUAUCUAUGGUGGUGCUCCCAAGGGACCUCAAAUUCGAGAUUUGGAGAGAGGUAUUAGAGAUUUUAAUUUUUGUUAGUUUUUAAAAGGACACUAUAGGACCCAAAUCAACUUUAACUUAAUGAAGCAAUUUUGGUGUAUAUAUCAUGCUCCUGCAGUCUCUCUGCUCAUUUCUCUGACAUUUAGGAGGUGUAUGCAACCCUAGUCACACCUCCCUGCUUGUGACUUGCACAGCCUUCUUAAACACUAAACAAGAGAGAUCUGAUGUUUAAACUUUGUUUAUUGCACAGUCUGUUUAAUUUAGAAUCUCCUGCUCUGUUAAUAAUCUUCUAGAGCGUGCAGGAGUGUUCUGUGUGACAGCAUUUGAAUUUAAAAAUAAAGUUAACAUCUGAUUGCAUUUUCUUUAUGCAAGCUGAAUGUUUCACAUUCCGGUGAGGUGUGGUUAGGCUGUAUAAACAGGAAAAAAAAGUGAUUUGACUCCUAAAUGACAGAGAAUUAAGCACAUGAAAAAAAGAAUAUCCGGGCACAGCUGAGGUUUAUUUUAAAAGGUAGUCUUAAUUUUAAACAAGGAACCUCCCUUUCUGGAUCAUCCUGCAGGGAGUACCCCCUUUUUUAGUGUGUGCAUUUUAUUCUUGGUUUUUUUGCAGAGAAUAAAGCAGUGAGAAUGAAUGGACAUAAUAAAUUCCCUCCACUUUAUGAAAUACUCAUUAUGACUGUGUUGGAAUUUUACAGUCAAGAGAAAUACAGAGACAGAGUAUCAUCUGAGUUUCUAAGAUUCAGGGCACAGUUCCUACCCUCUCUCUGGCCACUAGGCUCUAGUGGCGAUGUCAUGUCGGGAGUCUUUGCGAAUUCAGCAAAGUCCCCAGAGGGUGACUGUUCCACUUUAAACUAAAGUUGAUUUGGUGCUUAUAAUGUCUCUUUAACUUUAAACCACACCUAAAUUACUGUUCUAUCUGUCUAUUUAUUUCAUAGACCCCAUGUUUAUGUGACUUAAAGAUCCUUAAAAUGCCUGCAAAUAUGAGUUCUCUGUUUCUUAAAGGUGUUGAAAUCUGCAUUGCAACUCCUGGAAGACUCAUUGACUUCCUUGAAGCUGGGAAGACCAACCUUAGGCGGUGUACUUAUCUUGUACUGGAUGAAGCUGAUAGAAUGCUUGACAUGGGUUUUGAACCACAAAUUCGCAAAAUUGUGGACCAAAUCAGGGUAUGAAGUUAGAUCUGUAAUGCUUUACAGAUUUGUUGUAGAAAUUGGAAUGCACAUUCCAAACACUGUGAACACUGCAGCUUAUAUUGUAGUGUAUAUGGUAUGCGAAAUUUUUGGGUGCAGUUCCUCUUGCGUGUUUGGUUGACAAAAACAAGCACCUUGUGUUUUGUAUACUGUAUGGGCAAAAUGCGGUGGUUAUUUUUUUUUAACCUAGGAAUUUUUUUUUUCUUCUUUAGCCUGACAGACAGACACUUAUGUGGAGUGCAACAUGGCCAAAAGAAGUCCGUCAGUUAGCGGAAGACUUCCUUCGAGACUAUGUACAGAUUAAUGUAGGAAAUUUAGAGCUUUCUGCAAAUCACAACAUCCUUCAAAUUGUAGAUGUGUGCCAGGAAAGUGAGAAAGAUCACAAGUAGGUGUCGCUUUCAUAUUCCUGCUCUAUUUACAUUGAUCUUAACAUAUUAUAUUGUCUUAUAAGUUAUAAAGGAUUGCAUUAUUGUCUAGCUUAACUUUUAUUUUUAAAAGCUUCCUGCAUAUGAUUGUCCUCUAACAUUGGACAACUAAUGGAUACUAGCAGAGAUGGAGCAAAAAAAACGUAUGUUAAGCACUAAGGGGUAUUUUGUUUUGUUUUUUUUCCUUGUUUACUGUUGAAGACUUAAUAUGAGUACCUGUAUACUGUUAACUGUUUUGGAGGUAAUCAAGAUAGGCAGUGUUGCAGUGUGACACAUGAACAUCCAAUCACACUUGUAUUUAAUUGGUCCCAUUUUUCUAACAAGUAAUGUUGGCAACAUGCAAUUUAUAGGGAAUUCACCCUUUCAAUUUGUACAGAAAUAAGUGAAAUGUGGUAACAUCAGUUUCGUGUUUUUGUUCCAUCUUUAAUUCCCCAAAUUAGGCUAAUCCAACUGAUGGAAGAAAUAAUGGCUGAAAAAGAGAAUAAAACAAUUAUUUUUGUAGAAACAAAACGUCGUUGUGAUGAUUUGACUCGAAGAAUGAGACGAGACGGGUGAGUGAAAGACAUGUUUUUAGGCACUACUUUUGUUUUGCCAUCCGUCUUCAUAUGGUUCACAAAAUAAAUUUGUAUUUAACUUAAGGUGGCCUGCGAUGUGCAUCCAUGGUGACAAAAGUCAGCAGGAACGUGAUUGGGUUUUGAAUGGUGAGUUAAACUUGAAUCUAGUAAAUUUAAGUUUUUUCUUGGAAAUUAUUAUUUUUGUUUUACUUGUACAGCCUUAUCUACUUGUAUAAAGAGAGAAAUGGUGUACCAAAUUUAGGGGAGCUGGGAUGAAUAACAAAUAUACAGGUACAAGUAAUCAAUCCAGAUAAAGAAUCUCUAUAUCUAAUAUGGAAAAUAAAAAAAAUACUUUAAUAAUACAAGAAUGUAAAAAUUGCCAAAUGGCAAAUACCCUAUUUUCUGUGUACAACCAAAAUGUGCAAUUACCCACAAAGCAAAGGGAAAAAUAAAAAAGUGUGUGUGUAUGUGUAUAUAUAUAUAUAUAUAAUCUCUCUAAAAAAUCCUAAAUAGGAAAGUAAUAAAUCUAGAUAAAUGAUUGUUACCUAGUAGAAACUGAUGCCUAAUAAAUCAACCUAUGAAGGAUCAAAUGAAAUCUAUCACCAGUAUGUUAAGUAUAUAAAUAAGCACACAUCUGUGCCAGAUAUACUAAUCAAACAUGAUGUGGCUCUGAAUAGCAACUGCUACUCGGAUCGGAAUGAAAUAGCUGUUAUGACAUACAAGUGCAGCAACUCACAGCCUUUAGCGAUAUACACUGUCUGUGAUAAUUAUACUCGUGUAGAUUCGAGAGGUGGUAGUGAUGGCAAGGGGUAAGCUACAAUAUCAGCUAAUUCCUUUGGUGGCAGGCAUAGGUUAAGACUUUGUGCCGCAUGCAAUAACGCCUGGGACUGAAAUGAUGCAGAAAGCAAGGGGGGGGUAACCCAGGUGAUUAAAUCAUAGCUUAAAAGAGUCUAUUAUAUAGUCACCUUGCAUCUGUGUCAGAACUUAGACAUAUGGUAUGGCUAAACUGGGACUACCACUGUUACUAGCAGGCAAGACAAUAUAUGGCUGUGGUUAGCUACCUAUGAAGCAGUGCAUGUGGCUCGGUUGGUGCCGGGAGCUGAGGGAGGGAAAUGGCACUUUGAAUAACAAAAUAUUGCUAGCUAAUAUAUCAAAAGCUAGCGUGCAAAAAAUAGACCUGAACCAUUGCUCUGAUGGAAAGGUCUAUGUAAGGGUAAUACUGCACUGAUAAAUAGCUGUGCUACACUACCACCCCCGUGCCUUCGAGGGCACCUCAAGCUUCUAUCAUUCUCGACAGCAUUAGGACUUAAUACUAUGUUCUGCCAUUAGCUAUCUGGCUUUUAAGCACGUCUCUAGCUAACUAACUUUACGAAGGAUCUUGUAUCUAUAGCUACCAUGGGAAUAGCUUGAGGUGGUUCAGGUCUAUUUUUUGCACGCUAGCUUUUGAUAGAUUAGCUAGCAAUAUUUUGUUAUUCAAAGUGCCAUUUCCCUCCCUCAACUCCCGGCACCAACCGAGCAGGGUUGGAGGGGCAGGUGCAAAUUUUAGGAGUAUCCUGUAAAGGGUGGAGGGGGAAUUUUUUUUAAUAAAAAGUUGAACUUUGUGUCAAAAUAUCAUCAAUUCAGCCAUUGUACUGUAUGAAGCAAAAGUCUAUUUCAUAGCUGACUAAUUCAGUUCAGGUUUUCAUUAACACUGGUACCACAUAAUAUAGCUCAUUUUAAAAUGGCUUCAUGUACGUUUGAACCUUUUUCUCCUCUUCUCUCCAUCUCUCUUACAUUUCAGAAUUUCGCUCUGGAAAGGCACCAAUCCUCAUUGCCACAGAUGUUGCUUCUCGAGGUCUAGGUUUGUAAUUUUAUGGGACAAAUGUCCUCUUAUUAGGUUACUCUUUUUUUCCAACAGUACUUUCCUUUGAUAUCAAGACAGCUCAACUCAUUGUGCUGCUAAAUACAAGUCCAUUUGAUUUUAUGUUGUUCAAUACCGGAAGAUGUCUGCAACAUGAUUUUAAUGUAAAUAUAAAUCCUAACCCAAACUUCAUUGUACAUUUUUAUGGCUACAAGGCAUACACAUAACAUUAACACAUCUGCACAAAAACAAAACACUAUAUUUUGGGACUACUUCCUGCUUAGCCAUUUUUGUUCCUCAAUGUGUUUUUGGUUAACUUGCCAAGAUAUAUUGCCCACUAAUUAUUUAUGUUGUCAGAUGAUAUCGAUCAUGCUUUCUAAAGAAUAUGUGCAGUAUACCCCAUAUAUUUAUUUCCUCCUAAAACUGUUUUUUUUGGACUUGAGAAUCAUAAAGAAAGUCUGGUUGUAUAAAUUUAAGUAUACAUUACUCCCAGUUAGUAGCUAUGACAUAUGGCUUUUGAGCAUAAAAACCUCUAUAGUAAUAUAAACUUAUUUUUGCUUUAAAUACAUUUACAUUGAGAGACUAAUUAAUUUAAUCCCAGCAGUUGAAUAACUAUGAUUUACAAGAUUGUAAUGUUUACCUGUUUCUUGAUGUUCAGUGGAGACCUCCCCACAUGUUUAAUACAUUGUAGCUCCUAAAGUUCCAGAUUAUCUGUACCAGUAUGAAUCAUGUCACUUUACCUCUGUGGUUGAUUUAUUUGCAGCAUUGUUAUCUAGACGUUAUAGGGUAAUUUAUAUGCAAAAUAGAUAGAGUUUAUAACCAAAGAUUAGUACAUUUAUAUUAAGUGGGAGUAUGAUAUUUAAAUCUAUAUAUACCUUCUUCCCUUCACAUGUUAAAUGUGGGUUUAUUAUUGUGACUAUAUGCAACCUCAGUUAAAAUAUAUCUCAUUAACUCAUAAGAGUACUUCAUUUCACAAACUUUAAAACCACAGAUUAUGUCCUACUGACAUACAUUAUAUGUUUUAUUUUUGUAAAAGUUCCAGUCUGUUUCUUGUUACUCACAAUUCCUCCAUUUUUAUUCCUUCUUUUGAGAGGAUGUGAUGUUGCUUGGCUGUACAUUUUAUUGCCCACUUACCCUGGGAUAUUUGAGGCUUGCUCCUUGUGUAAAUUAACAAUUGAUUUAUGUACACAAUAUGUAUUAGAACUUAUCAAAAACUUCCUGGUCUCCUUCUCCCCAAUGGAAAGGUGGUUCACUAGUGGUUAGUGAUAUCUACAUUCCUAGUCACAUCAGACUUACAGUAUGUAGAUGUAACCUGUGUGUGUAUUUGUAAGUAAUUAUAUUUUUGUAGAUAAUGUGCAUGACAUUUAGAUCACUGUGUUAGUUGACAGCCAGGUAAGUUUCCACUACUUUUAAAGUAUUUGUCUGCUCACUGUAGGGCUUUAACUUUAAGAUUAUUUGCAAUAUUAAAUCAUUUCAUUUAUUUUUUUUGACAGAAGCUGCAGAUCUCUCUCAGUACAGGGCCAGUGGCCUGUCGAAAAUAGAGGGGAAUGAACGCUGGAAGCAGCCCCCAUAAAGGGUGCUGGCUUCUUAUACUCUUCCCUCGCAAAGGUCUUGUACUGAAGAGGCAGUUUUUGGAUCUGCAACUCCCAGCUCCUUAUGUUCCUCACUCUACAAAAUGUGGGGUGUGAAAUAUGGUCAUUCAACCCUGAAUACUGAGCUGGGGCUACACCCCUUUCCCCUUUGGAUGCUGGUGUGGGUUUGAAGUUGCCUGACCCUAUUGAAUAGACGGACCACCUUUCUAGAAGGGAGAUCACACCGGUGCUUCCCACUAGACCAUCUGCUGAGCAGCUGUGGGAAAGUCCCAAGCCAUGGAAGACUUUGGGAAGUUUCUUGGCUGUCGAAGCAGAGUAUUAGUCUCUUCUGCUAAUCAUCAGACUCUUGUGGCUUCCUCUUUCAUUUCCAAAUCUAAACCUAAUUCCUUCUUCCCUGCCUACAAAUGCAGGGUUUUUGGAGGUGGUGCUAUUGAAUGUUCUGUUAUGGAGACUGUAAGAACAUGAGCAUUUUUGAAACCUGCUAUGUCCUGCUGGCAGUAAACCCCUGGACAAAGCUACUACUAAUUUAGCACCUUGUUAGGGAAGCCACGUGACCCUUAAAAACACCAUCAAUAUAUUCUGUUCUUUAUACUUGUGGUUGCCACUCCCCCCUCCCCUUCUCUUUUCUUCACCACUUAAUAAAUUUUCCAAAUACAAGAUAACCUUCGACCAAGUGACCUACUUGUAAUAAGAAACAGACACCCUCUUAUAUACAGCCCCCAUAUUUCUAUUGAUUUGCCCAUCUCAUGCGAUGAGUUAUUACCCCCUCAGCUUUUCUAAACAUUGAUAUCUGACGGUGAGUGUUGGAGUAUGGGUUCUCUCUUCAACUAUUAACAGGUUGCUCUCUGCCACUUGCCAACAUACUAGGGGCUAUGAGCUGCUCCACAGACGCAUCUAGCCAAGUCAGAGCAUGUGUUCGGACCUCUUGCUGCGCCUGGACCAGUGAUGCAUGCUCCCCGCUCGGGUGGUCCCGUGUCCAAGGAUGAAGGCGGUGACACCGCUAAGUACCAAAAGACGGGAUUGGCGACUCCAGGUUCCCCACCUCGCGGUGGGAGUGUGCAUCGGUCCGGACACCAGCUCUCCUGAGGACCAAUCCCACUAAGUUGCUUGAUCGUAACUUUUCAUGAAGUUUGUAAUUGUUAUUUAUUAUGCAAAUUAUACAGUUGUUUACUACACCUAGGGCAGUAAGAAUUUGCCAAAGGUAGUGAUUAGCCCAACUGUGUUAAAAUAUUCUUAGAUGAUGAAGAUUCCUCAGUGUGUGUAUAUAUUUAUUUCUGUACUUUUAGAGGGAAUGUUUUCUUUUGGUGUAAUAUUAAAGUAUCUUUUGGGAAUAUUCCCAUUUUAAAAAUAAUUUAAUAAAGUAGUAUUGACUAUAUGAAAACCUUUCCUUUUAAAAGUAUUUGGUCAUCUCCAGGAGAAGCAGUUUUGGAAAGCUAUCAAGGUUUUUUUAUCUCCCAAGUCCUGAGUGCAACCAGUUAGCUGAUUGACUGUAAAGCUCCCAUAAGUUAUAGUUUAAUAAGGAUGCAAUAUUGCAUAACCUCUCUAAGGCCUUUAGUAAAACUAAAAUAUUGCUGUGUUAACCUAGAAAAUUGGAAUUUCCAAUUUACUGUAGCUCAAUAAUCAAACUAUAAGGUUACCUAAGCAGAGCUUUGGUAUGUUCAUGCUGGGCAUAGUAGUUUGGCAGUCACAUCAUAGUAUGUUUUUGUCUUUCAAUCACUGCUCUUCCUAGAGUUGGAGACAAUGUUUUUUGAUCCCAAAAAUCUGCUGUUAAGUGGUAUUUUAACUCUCAGCUCCUUACUUAACAAUUUUAUAAUUAAAUUCAGAAUUCAAUACCCAGGUGUAGGUUAGCUCUUUUCACUAGGUUAAAUAAGUCCUUGUUUUGUGAGAAUCAAAUAUUAUUGUUAAAUUUGUUACUAACAUUUUUCUACCUUUCACUGUCCUGGCGUGGCUUUUCCCUACACGUCAAUUUUCUUGGUCAAUCUUUAGAUGUGGAAGAUGUCAAGUUCGUCAUAAACUAUGACUACCCUAACAGCUCAGAGGACUAUGUGCACCGCAUUGGCCGUACAGCCCGCAGCACAAACAAGGGUACUGCAUAUACUUUCUUCACCCCUGGCAACCUCAAACAGGCACGUGAACUGGUCAAAGUGUUAGAAGAAGCUCGUCAAACCAUCAACCCAAAGCUCAUGCAGCUAGUGGAUCACCGUGGUGGUGGUGGUGGUAUGUAUCCAUGAUUAAUAAAGCUUUAUUUACAGCACUAAAUUAAUCUGUAAUGGAGUGCGAUUUCUAAUCUGGCAUUUAGAGAACGAUAAGACUUGAAAGGAAACCUACAUUUCCCUUGAUAUUCCGUCAGUAUUUUUUUUUUUUUUUUUGAAAGCUGGCUGAGCUGGACAAAUACCUCAGCAAUGCCAAGUUUAGUGAUAUAUCCUUUUAACAUUACCUCUAAGCAGUUUUAUAUAACAGGAUUUUAACGGUGCCACAGCAUAGGAUGUAUCAAUGUUUCGUUGUCCUGUCUGUUCAGUUGAUUAACUUGCGCUCCUUUCCAAAUUUUAAUCAUUUUAAAAUCUUUAUUAAUCAUGCUAGGGGGCCGCUCCAGAUAUCGCAGUAUUCCUACAAGUAACAAUCCCAACAUGAUGUAUCAGGAAGAAUGUGACCGAAGAAUGCGUGGUAAAGAUGGUGGAAGACGUGAUGGAAGAAACGGCAAUCGUGAUGGUGGUGUAACGAGCAAUGGGUCUGGUAGAGACCAGGGCAGGCAGAAUUACUCCUACGCAAACCAGAGCUCUAACUUCCAACCCAGCCAAUAUGGCUACGGGCAGGGCGCCUUCACAGCAGGGGCAGCCAGCAGCUAUGGUGCUACAACAUAUGGCCAAGCACCACAGCCGCUGAUGUCCCAGCAGUUCGCCCCGCCCGGUACACCCGGCUUACUAAACUAUAUGAAUCAGGCUCCCAACUACCAGUACCCGCCUCCCCCUCCACCACCUCCCCCUCCUACUCGCAAGUGAUCCUUUUAGUUUUCCCUUCGGACCAAACAUUACUUUGAAAGAAUUUGUUAUUUUUUUUAAUGUUCAAAUCCUGUGCUCCCUUAUUUUUGUAUUCUGGAAAGCUGAAACAUUUGAAACUGAAUAUUCUGAAGUCAAUUCUUUUCCAUAUAAUUAAAACUAGGAAAUGCCUAUGUUUGUGUUGGUGGUGACCAUAGCUGGUAGACUGCUGAUGUCUUUGUGUGUGUGUGUGUGUGUGCAUGUGUGUAUAUAUAACUAUAUAUUUACAUAUGCUUAUAUAGAUAUAUAUAUACGCACUCACACAAACCUCCACCCACCCCUUAUUUUUCCUUUUUUUUUAAUUUUUUUUUUUUUAUAAAUAUUCUUUUCAGGGUUGUUUUGUUUUUGGUUUUUGUUUUCUCUGCUCCAGGUAGGUAAAAUUAAAGCACAGUAUAGGUUUUUAGCUGCUCUAAAUUCUGAAAUGGUCAGUAUUUAUCAUUUUGUGUUGUACAUUUUACCCUAUCAUUGGGCAGCCCCUGCAGCUGUGUAACAAUGGAGUAUUGGACUGCUGUGAGUCACUGCCAAACAGACAUUUUAUUUUCUCCCCCAUCAUCUUUCUAAACUCUGGGAAUAAUAAAGGGGUUGUGGAUCUUAAGAGUUUGUUCACUUAAUUCAGUGAGUUGAUCUCAAGCUAUGUGGCAUUGUCACAUACUAUACUUUUUUUAUUUUUUAUUUUAUAAUAGUUUUUUUUCCCCCUCCCUUCAAUACACUAACCCUUUUACUCAGGACUUAAAGAUUCCAUUGCAGAAACAGGUAAUUUUCAGGUUACCUUGAUUUAUGUUAGUUUUGGCAUGUAUCUUGUUUCUGCCCACCCCUUUCUCUCUCUUUUUUUUGUUUUUGUAAAUUGUAGUUUUGGUAUUGAUUGCCUUGUUUUUGUAAAUACAAAUAAACCAUUUUAAAGUAAA